UGCUGCUAGUGGUGAAAAAUUCCAAGCUCUCGUGUUCCUCUCUGAAGGGAGAUAGAAGAAGAAGCCUUGCUGGUGAUUGAGUAAAGUUAAUUGUAAACCUGAGAAUCGGAACAGAAGAUGGAGAUGGAGGAAAUCACCGGCGGUGGCAACAACAGUGAGACUGGGAUCCAAUGGUGGUGGGGUGUAGCCGCCGCUGCUCAAAUGGGUUUGGGUAUGCGUUCCUACGCCAAAGGGUACGCAGGCGAUUCGCGCUUCAUGCCUCUCAAAGCCUUCACCGUUGCCUCCCUCUUCCUCGGCAGCGCCGCCUCCGCCUCCGUCCUCCUCCUCCAAUCAAAUGGAAUCAAUGGGGUGGAAGAUCUCAUGGAAGCAGGCGCAAAUUUAAGAGCAAAACUUGGGUUGCCUCCACGUACUCAGAAUAAGUCUUCUAUGAAUUAAAAGUAGCAUAUUUAUUUGCGUAGGAAAAUGGAUUAUUCGUGACAAUAAGCUCAGCCAUGUCUUGUACUGAUAUCUGGUGGUUUGAUUCCUUGGUGGAUACAAAAAUUAUUGUAAACGUUCAUGGGAUGGUGCACGCAAGGGUUGAAGGUUUUAUGUGCAACUUAAGAAUCAUAUGCUUUUGCCCUCAGGUUUCGCAAUACCUGGCCAUUUGGUGCAUCCACUAUCCAUUGUCAUCUGUUAUUUAGUUAACUUUUAAUGGAAUAUUGUCAACACUUUUUUUUGGCACAAAUAGUGGUACCAUGAUUUGAUGAAAUGGUAUCUAACCUGCCCCUCAACGAAAGAGAAAAUGUUGUUUCUCAUCCAUUUUUGUUGUAUUACCGUUGUAUCUACCAUUUGAUUUUCCGUGUGGUGUUCUUUUUGUCUUGGUAAAAGUUUCAGAGAAUAACUUUACAAUGUAGAGUUUCGGGUAUCCUUUUGGAACUGUUCAUGGGUUUUAUUUAAAA